AACCAAAACAAACACACAAAAGCUUAAUUUUCCAUCUUUUCCGCAGAAUUUCCACCUCAAGUGCCUCAAUGGGCAAACUGGAGCUGGGACAGACGCUGUCUGGGCACAAGGGACGUGUGUGGAACGCCGCCUGGCAUCCGACGGGCAGCAUUUUAGCCACUUGUGGCGAGGACAAGACGAUCAGGAUUUGGCAGCAGGAGGGCAGCAACCGGUGGGUGACCAAGACGAUCCUCUCGGACGGCCACAACCGCACGAUCAGGAGCGUGGCCUGGUCUCCCUGUGGACAGUACUUGGCAGCGGCAAGCUUCGACGCCACAGUGUCAAUCUGGGACAAGAAGUCAGGGCAGUUUGAGUGCAAUGCCACACUCGAGGGGCACGAGAAUGAGGUGAAGAGCGUGGCCUGGUCAGUGUCUGGCCACCUCCUGUCUACGUGCAGCAGAGACAAGUCCGUGUGGGUGUGGGAAGUGUCCGAGGAGGACGAUUUCGACUGCGCCGCAGUGCUUAAUGCUCAUACGCAGGACGUGAAGAAGGUAGUCUGGCAUCCGCGCGAGGACGUCCUGGCCUCCGCCAGCUAUGAUAACACUGUGAAGCUGUUCAAGGAGGACCCCGCGGACAGCGACUGGAUCUGCACGGCAACGCUGGCAUCGCAUUCCUCGACGGUCUGGAGUCUGGCGUUCUCAAGCGACGGCAAGCGCCUGGCGUCCUGCAGUGAUGACCAGACCAUCAAGAUUUGGCAGUCGUACGCGCCAGGAAACGAAGAAGGCAUCGCCACGCCGGACAACGAAGUGGUGUGGAAGUGUGUCUGCACACUGUCUGGCUUCCACACGCGCAGCAUCUAUGAUCUGUCGUGGUGCCACUUGUCCGGCCUCCUGGCCAGUGCUUCGGGCGACGAUAGCAUUCGCGUGUUCCAGGAGGCGCCCGGGUGCGACAAGAACAGCCCCACGUUCGAACUCGCCGCUACGGAGGCGCGCGCUCAUGCUCAGGACGUGAACACCGUGAGCUGGAAUCCGACACAACGCGGUCUUCUCGUGUCCACGAGUGACGACGGUGACGUCAAGAUAUGGUGCUUCACCGAAUAAA